ACUAUUAUUUAGGAAAAAGGCAAGAUGAGUCUUUUCAAAAUCAUCACUAUAUUUAAGUAAUUUGCGAAACCUGAAUAUUUCAAUCUGCUAGUACUGACUCUUUCAGCAUAUCACAAAUGCUGUUUCUUUAAGAGAGUCACUUCUCUACCCACAUGACAAGGUUUGAAAUUGUGCCAAAUUUCCUCCUCUUGUUGCUUUCAAUUUCUAAUUUGGCAAGAGCUGGAAGAGCAAGACAUAUUUAGCAGUAAGGAAGACAAAGAUAAUUAUUUAAAAUUCUUUAGGGAAAGUCCAGGAUCAAACCCUGUGGCUGUUUUAUAGCAAGAUUUAGCUGCUCAAUUUGAUAGAUGAAAGAGUUUAUAUUUCAAAUAGCUAAUUUAGCAAACCUGAUGAUAGAGGCUGAUCACACCUUAGAAAUAGUGAGACUUCCGUAAGGCACCAAUUAGACUUUGGGGUGGUUGGAGCCCCAGAAGAAAUCCUUAUGCGGGUUGCUGGUAACAGAUUGCGGUAGAGAGCAAGCAACAUCUCCCGACUAAUACCAUCAGUAAAAAAUCAAGGCGUGGCAGAUUCAAAUUUCAAUGAAAAAAGAAGAUGGUUUCCUUAUUGUGCCGAAUCUUCAACAUUUGUGUCACUCUUUUUGUUCUGAUCAUUUUCUGCAUUACUUUUAACAAAUGCUGGGUGAAAUCAGCUCAGUUUAGAGUCAUUGGACCUGACUGGCCUCUCACAGCCAUUGUAGGGCAGGAAAUUCUCUUACCAUGUCAGCUGUCCCCCAAGAGGAAUGCUAAGAACAUGCAGGUGAGGUGGUUCCAGUUCGAGUUUGAUAAAUAUGUGCAUCUGUACCAGGAUGGGAAAGACCACAAUAGCAUGCAGGUUCCAGAAUAUCAGGGAAGGACGACACUUCUGAAAGAUGAAGUAGUGGAGGGAAAUGUUUCCUUGAGGAUUUUCAAUGUCAGAUUCUCUGAUGAAGGGAAAUACCACUGUUUUGUUCAAGAUGAAGCUGAUUAUGAAGAAGCCAUAUUGGAACUGAAGGUAGCAGGUUUAGGCUCUGUACCUCUCAUUUCUGUUGAGGACUACCAGGAUGGAGGGAUCCGUAUGACUUGUCAAUCAGCUGGGUGGUACCCAGAGCCUGAAGUACUGUGGAGGAAUACCAAUGGGCAACAUUUAUCAUCACUUUCUGAAACAAAAUCCCAAAAGGAGGAUGGCCUGUUUGAAACUCAAAAUGCCAUUGUUAUACAACAACAUUCAAACCAGAACUUGUCCUGUUGGAUCAAAAACAACUUCCUCAAUCAAGAGAAGGAAUCAGCCAUUUAUAUAUCAGAUCCCUUUUUCCCCAGGGUGAAUCCCUGGAUGGUGGCGCUGUGUGGAAGCCUUGUGGUUUUGUUUGGUUUCUUGACCCUGGCAGUUUGUCUCUUCAGAAUGAGAGAUAAACUUCAUAAAGACAUUGGGAGGCAUCUUCAAAAAAUCAGCGAGCUCCAACUAGAACUUGGGUGGAGAAGAACUGCAGCCCACCCAGCAAAUUUGACUCUCGAUCGAAACACGGCUCAUCCUGAACUUGUCCUGUCUAAGGAUCAAAAAAGUGUGAGAUGGGGAGACACACGACAGGAUCUGCCUGACAAUCCUGAGAGAUUUGACUUUCAGCUCUGUGUGCUGGGCCGCGAGCGGUUCACCUCGGGAAGACAUUACUGGGAGGUGGAGGUUGGGGAGGGGGGAGCCUGGGCUGUGGGAGUUGCCAGAGAGUCUGUGCAGAGGAAAGGAGAGGUCAGCCCUAACCCUCAGGUGGGGAUUUGGGCUGUGGUGCAGUUGGGGGGUAGGUACCGGGCUCUCACUGCCCCUGAUCGCACCCCAUUGUCCCUGAGCCAGAUCCUCAGGAGGAUUGGGGUCUAUUUGAACUAUGAAGAGGGGAGGGUGGAAUUUUUUGAUGCUGAUAUUGAAUCCUCAAUCUUCAUCUUCUCUGUGGCUUCAUUUGCUGGGGAGACACUUUGCCCUUGGAUUCGAAUUUGGGAUAGGGGACCUGACUUGAGGCUGCGGUACUGAGAAGCAAGCCAGUGGGAAAUCCAUGUAGCAGAGAGGCUGUCUUAACUGGCCGCUGUAGCUGCUACUCAGUCAUCUUUGUGACCCAAGAGAAUUCCACACUUCUUGAAGACUUUCUACAGUAUAGCCUUGGGAGUGCAGUGGUAGGUUUCUGGACUAGACACCAGGAAGCACCUGAGAUAGAAACUCUGACCUACCAGCCUAUCUGUCACAUCCCCAGUGUCCCAGGAGGAUUCUGGAUCAGAGACUGAUCGAUGAGAACCCAAAAAGGUGUGUUGUGGAUUCCCCCAGGGGCAGGGGAGAGGGAAGCACUUGCUUGGGACCCUCAGCAUCAUCUGGUCUGAGUAGCUCCUGAAGUACAGUCUGAGUAAAGUCCAGGUGUGAAUUCUGGAGUAAGGUGGGUUCCAUCUCCUUCUGACUCUGAGAACCUGGUUGUUUGUUCCCUGAUCCUGCCUGGUUACCCAUGACCCUGCAUCAGGGUUGAACAUUCCUACUAAUUUCCCAGGAGAGGGACUUUACUUCUUCAAAAGGAGAAGAUAUGCAUCCCAAAGUCCCAAGCAGCAAAGCAGACAGCUCCUCUUUCAUAAAGGCAAAAGUCACACAGCAAGAUGUUCUUGCCCCUUGUAAAGGGUUAAGUAGUCCCUCCAGGCAAGCCUACACAACUCGGAGGACUCCAAAAUUAGCUCAGCUCCUUCUUUUCCAGUUUGCACAGGUUUAAGGUUGACACCCUUGUAUUCAGUCUACUCCAUUCAUCUUGUUAAGCUUAUCUCACUCUGCUUCCUUUGAUGCCUUCUGGGCUUUACCUCCAAAGGUUGUUUACCAAGCCCACCUGAAGGAUCAUCAAGGCUAUUCAGCUCCUUCUGUUUGAUAUAUAUUCACUCACUUGGGCCAGGCAGCUCUGGUUUUGGUGUGUCUUAACCUCUUCCUUUCUCCCUGUACAAGUUCAGCAGGAAAACUAAGAUAUGUAACAUUAUUACAGCACAAAUAAAUUUAACCCAGAAAUAUUACAAUAAAACCAUAGUCUGUUACAGGAAGAUUGAGCAAACAGCUGUGAAUGGGGAAGUCCAAAGCUGGGGGAUGGUAGAACUGAUGAAUACUGUUCAAAUUAGCAAUGCCACUCACUGCACAGCUCAUCCAUUCAGAGCCUUAGGUCAUGAGAAGGGGAGACAUUAUGGUUGCUUAUAAAAGUGAUUUGUUCAAUUUUUGGUCCUUUUUCUCACUAUUGGACAUUGCCUCUAAAGUGAUUGGAUGUCCUCCAUGUUAUGAUAAAUAAAGCAAUUUUUGAUAAAUAACAAUAUUAAAA